AUGUCUACUACUAAAUUACCUAGAGCAACACUAGCGGAGAAGAUAAGGGUACUUGAUUAUUAUCAUUCAUCAAAUAGUUCACAACUUAAAACUGUUGAUAUAUUUAAAAAUGAAGUAGCAAUAAGUACUUCCUCACUUAGUGAAUGGAUUAAAAAUGAGCAAGAAUUGAGAACAAGAUAUAGUCAAGAUGAUUUUAAAAUGUCUAAAAAUAGUAAAAGAAAAGCAACUUUCAAAUAUGAAAAGAUCAACAAAGCAAUGGAUAAAUUAGUUCAAACUAGAUUAGAAAAAGGUGAACCUAUUAAUGAACCUAUACUACGAGAACAUUGGUCAAUUUAUGCACAUCAAUAUGGAGUAGAUGAUCCAAAGAGAUUAAACAGUUUUAGUCAUGGUUGGUUGAGUCAAUUUAAGAAACGACAUGGAUUAAAGAAAUCUAAAAAAGAAAAACCGACUGUUGAAUAUCCUAAUGUUGAUCCAGUUUUGAAUGAAGUAAAUUCAGCAACACAAGCUCCAACACAACCACCACCACCUCAACCUCAAUUACAACCACCACAAGCUCAACCACAACCACAGACUCAAUCACAAUCACAAUCUCAACCCCCUGUUUCAGAUGUUGAUGUCGAAAGAUUUAUUUUCGUACAUGCUGAUAAAUUUUUCCAUAAUCAUCAAAAUCAAUACCCCAAUACUUUCAACAUAUUUCAAAAGUUCAAGGAAUCAUUCUUUGAUGAAAGAUUUGCUUCCAGAAAUGCUUAA